AUGCACAUGACCCGAAUCACUCGGAACAUGUUCACCACAACGCAAACCCAAGGCGAACCAUUGCGCAGCUUUAUGGAAAGGUUCAAACAAGCAGCUCGCGAUACUGGCGACAUGCCCGAUAGCGUCCCGCUGGAAGCACUCCGCAACGGCCUCUGGUACGACUCCAAGUUUAAGGAGGAUUUGUCACUAAAACCCCCUGCGACUCUGGAGGACGCGUUCCACCGCUCUCGGAACUACAUCUUCCUCGAGGAAGACCAGCGCUUCUACGCCGAGAAACAUGGAGAUAGGAGGGCAACCUCGUCGAAACCCAGAGAGGAACCCAUGGAGGCACGAAGAAGACACGAUCCGAAGAGGUCUCUCCUCGCAGCGUUCGCAGCAGCCGACGAUGAGUCCGAGCAAGAACACGCAGCGGCCGUUUCGAUGCCACAAGACAUCAACUCGCUCGGAGAUGACAACGAUACCAAAGCUUUCUGCAAGUUCCACGGGGAACUGGCCACGCCACUGAAAACUGCAAACACCUAA